UACGCUUGUGCGGAUCGGCUGCUGAUUAUUACCAAAUUGACAGUAUUCGUACCGUUCUGCUCUGACCGUCGUGUCGCCGAUCCCCGAAUGUUCUAGCCAUCCGCUCAAUUCAUACUAUAGCCCACAUCUCUGUACCUACAAUUGUUAUCAAGCAACACGAUUUGCAACAAUGGAACAGAUCACUAGCUUUCUUUCAUUACUUGGAGAAGAGGUAGAAGACGCCGAAGAGGAAGCGUUCUACCUCUUCGCACAAGACAUUCCUUCGUCCAAUCUAGGCUUCGUCGACUCGCGCGCUACUACCGUUGACCUCACCAUCCAGAACCAAGACUACUCCAUCCAUCAGUCUCCCACGUUACUCUCCUCGUCUCGCGCGGGCGGCACAACAGGCGCGGUCCUUUGGAAAAUCACUCCGCUGUUCUCCGAAUGGCUCUCCUCGCCGACCAAUCCCCUCUGGACCCAAUCCCUCCUCUCCGCCUCUUCCACCAUUGUCGAGCUUGGCUGCGGCAUCUCAGGACUGAAUGCCCUCACCCUCGCGCCAAGAGUCCAUCACUACAUCGCCACGGACCAAGACUAUGUGUACCGGCUCUUCCGUCAGAACAUCGAGACCAACUACCAUCCAUCUACCUCCGCCAAAUCCUCUAAACGCCAACAACAAUCACAACAACCGAAGCGCAAACCCAAACAGCAGCAGCAGCAGCCGCCAACAACAACAACAACAUCCUCCCCGAAUAUCACCUUCACGUCCCUGGACUGGGAACUCGACGUCGCGGGGUCACUCAAAGCCAGCGUGGGCCUCGAAGCUGCCCCUCUGGACGGCAACGACGACGACGAGGAGGAAGAGGAGGCAGAUCGAGGGUUCGAUCUCCUCGUGUCGUGUGACUGCAUCUACAACGAGGCGCUGGUGGCGCCGUUUGUGCGCACGUGCGCGGACAUCUGUCGGCUGAGGCCGGUUUAUGCUGCGGAUGGGCAUGAUGGGCGGAGACGCAGAAGGCCGACUAUCUGUCUCAUCGCGCAGCAGCAGCGGUCGCCUGAGGUGUUUGAGGCUUGGCUGCAGGAGACGCUGCGUGUGUUUCGCGUCUGGAGAGUCAGCGAUGAGGUGCUCGGGCCGCAGUUGAAGUCCGGUACCGGGUAUUUGGUGCAUUUGCUGCUUCUGAGGUGAAUGAGGUGGGUCAUGGGGAGACUGCUUGUGGGUAGCUGGUGCAUUGGCAUAUCCUGCGUACCGUAUAGGUUGAUGGCUAAUCUCACAAAGACCCCCAGUCGAAGAGAGGAUGUAUAUGUGUCAAAGCAUGAGUGACGCGGCAUGAAAAUAGUUGAAAGGAUAAACCGGGUCAAUCAUGCCUACGCGUGAGGACCUCGACAUGAUACGAGCAUGCCCGAGCACAUGAAUACAGCAAUUAUAACACGAAUUGCCCACCCUUCAAUUCAGAAGGUUUGAUAACAUCAUUCGAAGCUAGUCAUGA